AUGUUCACUCAGCAUAACAGGAAAAGCAGGCAGCUGCUCGCCUCUGGCAUAAAGUCAACCUACGAUGACGACCUCUACCCAACUCGCCUCAACUUCUACAGGGAACCGCCACCACUCGAGAUCAGCAUCGAGGAGUUUGAACAGUUUGCCCUCGACCGAAUGCAAGUCCUGCAGGCACUGCUCACGGCGCAGAUGCGUAACUUGACACCGGAGCAACUGGACAAGGCUGUGAACGAAGCUAUCAGGAAAUACAUGCCCAUGAGCCCCAACAGCAAAUCCAACACCUCUCACCGCCAGUUAAUGGAAGAGCGACGAAAGGACCACAUCAGUCACUUCAUCUUGCGCCUCGCCUACUCUCGCAGUCAAGAGCUUCGAUCUUGGUUCCUGAGAGCUGAAUGUGCCUUGUUCAGGUAUCGCUUUGAAAAGGAGAUGCUGAAGGAUCAAUUGGAGUUUCUGGAGAAGCAGAACCUGAGCUGGAAGAAGGUGUCAGAUGAGGACAAGCGGUUGUUGAGGGAGAAACUCAAGACAUCUUCAUUCAAGGCAGGAAACAUCGACGAGGAGACAUACUUCGAAGUCGAUUUCGAGAGAGUUACAGGACUGGUGGGGCGGAGACAAGUCUACAUCCAGGCAGGAAAGGCGUUUGUGCGACUCUCGGAUCAGGUCGUUUUGGUCUUGGACGAGUUCAAGGAGCGUCUCUCGCAUGCCCUUGAGGUCACAGGAAGGGCUUUGCCACGGAUGGAUGAGGACGAUAGAUUGAUGCCGGUGCUGAACAAUAUCAACAAGCAAUAUCUCGGUCGCGAGUUCACCAGUUCUGCGAUUGCGGGUGAAAUCCAGGCCAGCGAUGUCGAUACUCUUAAGGUGCAUAUGCCCUUGUGUAUGGAGCACUUGCACGACGAGUUGAGACGGGAGAAGCACACACGGCACGGAGGUCGUAUGCAGUACGGUCUCUUCCUCAAAGGAAUGGGUCUCUCGCUAGAGCAGGCUCUGAUCUUCUGGCAGAUGGCGUUUGAAAAGAUUACACCCGAACAAUUCAACAAGAACUACGCCUACAACGUGCGACAUACGUAUGGUAUGGAAGGAAAACGGACCGAUUAUACCCCUUACAGCUGCAAAUCCAUCAUUAUGAACAACGCCCCGGGGUCAGGAGACCACCAUGGAUGCCCCUUCCGCCACUUUAGUGCCCCAAACCUGCGCGCACAAUUGGCCGCCCACAAUGUCGACGAAUUCGACACGGACGAUAUUAUCCACAAGGUCCAACAACGUCAUUACCAGAUCGCCUGCACACGGUACUAUGAGGUCACGCGCGCCAAGAUGGUCGGCAUCUCCCCAGAGAAUGUCAAGGGUGGGUUGAGCGAUUCUGCGACCGGAAGCAUGAUUGCUUCUCAGGAGGUCAUUGAGCACCCGAACCAGUUCUUUGAACAGAGUUACCUGUUGAUGAAGAGCAAGAAUGCUGAGAGUGAGGGUGGGGCGGCUUCGGGAGCGGCGACGGGAGCAGGAGAGGGAAUGGAUGGCGUGACUGGACCGGCACCUUUGGAAGCCAUUGUCAGGGGUCGGUACACUUACAAGAAGGCUGGUGCCUCAAUAUCGUCCAACGUUCAGCAUGAUAUCGACAUGUAA